AUGGGGCAAGAAAAAGUGGGGAGCCCGGUUCACAUUCAGGUGGUUCUCGGGAGACACGAGGGGUGGAAGGAAUCGCCCGCGACAACACACUUUGCGGCAUGGCGCCCUGGAGCACUGGUGCCUGUCGAGCAUGGAACCAUCGAUGAAUGGAGCGAGCCUGUCGAGAACUCGGAGCCCUGCCCCAGCGCGGGAGGAGUCCCGUUUGAUGGGUCCAGUCUGAACGGACGGGGGAGAAGUGCGCCUCUGAAACCGCAGCUGGGCAGUGUUCUAUGGUUUGUUAACGGGUACGUCCCUUUUUGGGCGCGCAGUUCGUUCCUGGCCCUCCCGCACUCGGGUCAUCCCAGGAACCUUUGGCUGACUCUCACCGGUGGCGGCAGGUUGAGCGUGGAGGCGACCCCCGCCUUGGGGGUGGCCAAAUCUGAGAUGAUCCAGGUUCUGGCAUUCCUGGGGACCACGAACUUCACCCUCCAUACUCAGUUUGGCAACGUUGUGGUGUGGCUCGCCCGCGCUGCAUCUCAACACCUCAUGCAAGACGAUGCAGCAAUAUGCCCAGACGUUGCAUGCCCUGACAUUCCAGACCCGGAUUCCACUGUCCCAGAGCGUUGGGUGAGCCCUUCGCUCAUCGAACGUGUGAAGAUGGAGCCAGCGGGGUUAUAUUCUGGCCCCAAGGCAAGGGCUAACGAAGCCAAUCAAGCUCGAAACACCUCGCCACGAGAGAUGUAA